AUGAGAAGAGGAGUAUUGAUCUUUAGACGUGUAUACUCACUGGUCAAGGAGCCCUAUUCUCGCGUGGUUACGUUGAAAGUGCCCGUUUCUAGAACAUCAAACAAGAAGAGUUCCCCAGUGAAGGAUAAAUUACAAGUUCUCCAGAUUUCUGAUAAGGAAGGAGAAGAGAUCCUUCAAAAAUUUAUUUUGCCGAGUAAAGAUGAUAAGACCAAGUCACUGGUGAAACCUAAGAAAGCAAAGACUGUGGAUGUAAUUGAUAAGGAUGUGAUGCAAGUGGCCAAUGCAUUUGGAUUAAGAGAUGACGAUCAGCUCCCAUUAGUCAAGCCUAAAUCCAUUCAAGAAAGCCCAUUUGAAUACAUGUCGAACCAUAAUAGUGACAGAUCGUUGGUGAAAUCGCCAAGGUUAUCUGUAACGAAAUUGUUAACUAAACUGUGGUGUGAGCUUCGGCAAUAUUACGAAGUUUAUGCUGGGUCUCCGAAACGAGCUCAAACUGUAUCUAUGGAAAUUGGAACAGAACAUCAUCUUCAACUUGAAUUAGCAACCCAUAAACCAGUGGAUGUUACAAAUCUACAUAGUAUAAUACAUAAUAAUGAGCUUCGAUUGGUUGAGACUAUGAAUCAACGGGUGCAAGAAACCCUGGAUCCACAUUUGUUGGAAGUGUUACAGGAGACAAAUCGGGCCGUGCUUGAACUUCUAAAGGGAAGAGAGCUGGAAAAUACUUUGGCUAUGGAUUGGUUGAACAAUGUAAUGAUGAAAUUGGUUACGUUGGUACGCCGUAGUGAUGCCAGAGAAAUAUUGGUUCAUGGAUAUGCUAACUUUGAGACUGGAGAGUAUCGUACGAAAUUACCUUUACACCCCCGGAGAGAUGUUAUGGUGAGUGGGAUUAUAGACUACUUGAAAAUCACCCCGGAAGAAGAUUAUAGAUUUUUCAAAGAGCUCGAAGAAUGGUCAUUAAAUGAGUUCCCACAAGUCAAUGGGAUGGAACUAGUAGAUUUAACAAAGUUUAUCCCAAUGGCUAAACAAUUGAUUCACGAGUAUGAGGCGGGUUAUUCGUUGGCAGUGGUAGACGUGAAGACAAGACAAAAUAGGCGAUUGCCCGGCUUUGAAAGCGUAUUACAAGGUGCAAAAUUACAAGUUGCCAAUUAUAGAAAGUUACUUGCAAUCAUGGGUGAUAAUCAAACUAUAGCAUACAAUAUGUUACUUGAAAAUGCCCGUAGACGUCAUAUUGAUGUCGAUUAUCCAAUUGCGCUCCAAACGGCAUUGGAGAUGCUCAGAACAUCUGGGGAUUUAGUGUUUAAAGAUUUCAUUCGAUUGGCACAGGGACAGCCAAUUGGGUUUGAACCAUAUGAUAAAUUUAUACAAGAAACAUAUUUACAAGGAGACCAUGUCCCAUUUUAUGAUUUCACUCACUUACUAGACGAGGGGAAACAAGAUGAAUUUAUAAACGAAGAAGGAUUUGAUUAUUCAGUUUUGUUAACACCUGAAAUAAUUAGAGUUUGGAAAGUUCCAUUAACACUUCGAUAUUUUGCAGCAAGGUCAAGUCAAAUGUAUGAAAUGAUUGAACCAUUAUUGAAAGAAGACAUUGCAGUGGAGUACCAUGAUCGGAAGACGGGUGAAUGCUUUAGUAAUAAUCAGUAUAAGUAUAAUGAAGUUGAAUUGGAUCAACAGCUUCACCAUGCAGUGGAGUUCUGGAAUGGGAGUAGAGCUCCAGAGGCAGUGGAUAACCUAUCCAAAUGUAAAUGGUGUCAAUUUUCAAGUCGAUGCUCUAUUCCAAAUCCACAUCUCAGUUUUUCGUUAGGACAAAAGCUACGUCAUUUAGUACAAUAG